UUUAACCAAUAGGAACUGUUAUUUAACUAUUGUAUACUUCACCAUUCUGCUCUUCUGCGUUUUCCCCCUGGUUCUUCACCAUUAAGACUUUGAGCCCUUUUCAUUUUCUCCUCAAUCAUCGUCAUCUCACAAGCUCUGCAAAUGGAUGUUGCUCAAAAGCCCGAUUCAAAUGACAAAAAGGAAAAAGUUGCUCAGAAGCCCGAUUCAAAAGACAAAACAGAAGAGGUUGCUCAGUCUAAAGUAGAGAGAGCAGAGAGUUCAAAGCGUACAUAUGAUGAUUGUACUUAUCAGGAAUGUCCGUCUUUGAAUAUCUCACAAGCGUCACAAAUGGAAAAUGCUAAGAAGCCAAAAGGAGAUGACAUAGAGGAAAAGCCUCGUGUGACAAUCAACCCGAUUCUUCUCGAGAUACAAGAAGCAGAAAAGGUAGCUACGAAGCCCCGUUCAAAAGACGAAAUAGAAGAAGUUGCUAAGUCAGAAGUAGAGAACUUAGAAUCCGAAGUUUCUUGGGUUUGUCCUUGGGGUCGCCACUGCCAUAAUGUUGAUAUGAGUACUUAUGUGGAAUGGCCGGACUAUUAUUGUUUUGAUAGCCCAGACGACAAUGAUUGUCUUGAUGACCUCAGCGACAAUGAUGAGAAGGAUGCAGAGUAUAAAGAAAGGUGGGAGAAAUGUUUUCACGUGGGUAAGCUCCCAGGGGAAAAGUGAAGACAUGGGAAAAAGAAUGAGGACUCAGCAAGAGAUAGAGAAGCAGUUUUUAAUGCAGAAGCAGUUUUUAAAGUACUUUUUAUUAUAGUUUUGAAUCAUGUGUGUUGGUGGGUUAUGUUAUGUGUAACUUAUGUUGCCUGAAAACUGUAUUGUCUUUGUUUAGGAUUCUUGUUGACGUCAUUUUUAGAAAACACUGAUGCGAAAUUGUCAUAAUAAUCUUUUUUAGAGAAGACUGAUGUGAAAUUGUUAAAGAUUCCUGGUAA